AUGCCCUCUCUCACACCCUCCCUCAUCGCUCUCGCCUUCAUGUCGAUUCCCUCCUCGGCGCUCCCUUAUGCUGGCAACGGCAACAUCCCCUACAUCAACCUCGAUCUCACUGCAACACCCAGCCUCCCCCUGAGAGAGGUCUCGAAUACCGGCGCAAGCCCCCUCCCAUCGCCAACCGGAACCCUCAAAUCCAUCCAACUCGGCCUCGGUUUCCAGAACUACACCUGCAGCAGUUCAGCCUGGAUCCAGACCGUCCCCUCGGCCGGCGCAAUCGCCAACCUCUACGACAUCACUCGCCUCGUCACUCAAUACACCUCCGACUCCUACACCCAGACCACUCUCCACGCCUUCGAAGACUGCCUCAAAGCCACCUUCUGCCAACCUUCCCCGGGGAACAACUACUGCGCCUCCUGCCAUCAGAUCGCCACCGCAGCCCUCUCCGCCUCCCUCUCGGGCCUCCACUUCUUCGAACAGAUCAACAACGCCCAGACCCCCAAUUUCCACAUCUGGGCUCCUCCCCCCACGACCGACUCCGACGAAUACCUCUCCGCGAAGAAGGUCGGCACCGCCAAGGCUGCCCAGAAUGCCUACGCGGGCGCCAAUGCCCUCGGCGCCGUCGCCUGGCUCUACCUCGUCGACAACGGAGACGGCAGGACCAAAAAUCUCAAGAGCGUCUAUCGCAUCGAAACGGCAGGCGGUGUUGCGCCGGCUUCUUGUGAGGUUCCGGGCGAAACCCUGCAGGUUCCUUAUGCGGCGGAAUACUGGUUUUACGACGGAGGGAAAUGA